CUACAGCUUUUGCUCUCUGCGCUGCCAGAUGGUUUCCAUCCCAUCAUCCAGAAUUGUAUCGGAACAAUGGAUGCCAUUCUGUUCUUGCCGAUGGUGCUUCUCCACCGAGACUUUGGCGCCGGCAAUAUCAUGGUCGACGAGACAUCCUGCCACUGGGUCGGCAUCAUCGAAUGGGCGGAAGCUGAAGGCUGCCCAUUCGGGCUAAACUUCCAUUACCUUCAAGCCCUGACAGGGAAACUCCACCUACGAGCGGCUGGAUACGUUAGGAAGAUUACGCCACUUUGCAGGAUGUACCUUGGGACACCUUCAAGCAGGAAGUUGGAGGUUGACGGGGGACAGCAUCCAGACCAUCAACCUCGCAAGCAUCACAAUGUUUGCUGCUUUCUCGUGGCUUCGCCAGCCGGCUUGCGGAUGGGCCUGACCCUAUACCUAUUACUGACGCUGGGCGUGGAUGGUACAGGUACAACAUAAUCUUUUUCACGGAUUCUUCAUCAAUCUAGAUACGAGAUUCGAAAACCUUGAUCGAGAAGCAGAUUAAAUGACACCUCUUGGGGCAAUCAUGGCGGAGAAGAUGCUGGUACUCCUUGCAUGGGCGCUCCAAGGCAAGUUGGCUCUCUCGGCGCAUGGGCCAUCGUCGGAUCUGGGUCGAUCGGGAGUCGGGCGUGAGUUCGGACAUGAGGAGGGGUGGCGCCAAGCAGUUUCUGUUGCCUGCCGGAAGUUCGAGAAAAAUGAAAUUGGAAGGUGGUUAGAUUUUGGACAAGCAGCUGGCAGUUUAUCACAAGCGCCAUUGAAGGGUUUAGGCUUGUUUCGAGUAGCCGCCAGGUCCAAGGUCCAACGGGAAUGGGGGAAAUGUGCAGCUUGAGUGAGUCCAUUUAUAUCGAAGGAUUCGGGAUUCGUGCAUGCCGGAAGGAACUCGGUUGUUAGGAAA